GAAAAAAAACAAAAUGAGUGAAAAUAUCGAAAUAGUCAAUCCAAAUGAAAAUCUGCAUAUACCUGAAUGGAUAAAUGCUGAAUAUUUUCGUGAUAUUGUGCAGAAAGAUGAACCAGAAAUGGUGGCUGUGAAAAAAUUCACACCGACUGCGGCAAUACCGCCGGGUGAAAAUUUUACAUCGGUCAUGUUGCGGCUGCAUAUGGGUUUGGAAAUGAAAGAUGGCUCCAUCAAACCGAAAACAUAUAUUUUCAAGACAAUGUUGGAAGAAGAAAAAGGCGGUUCAAUAAUCAAUAAAUUAUCUCUAUUCCCCAAAGAAAUGGAAAUGUACGGCAAAUAUUUGCCAGCAUUUGAAGAACUUUACAAAGCUGUGGGAUGGAAUAUACAACUAUCACCGAAAUGUCUCUACACUGAGAAAAAAGGCAAUCUAAUAAAUUUCCUUUUUGAAGAUUUGAAAGAGCGUAAUUUUAAAAACAUCGAUCGUUUGCAAGGUUGUGAUAUGCAACAUAUGACUUGUAUUUUAAAAAAGUUAGCAGAGUUACAUGCUGCCAGUGCCGUGUAUGAAGAAAAACAUGGACCUUAUCCCGAAGAUUUUCAAUACGGUUUUGUUGACAAUCGUCAGAGUGAUGAUUUUUUAAAGACUACCUAUAGCAUAAAAGUGGAAGCGUAUAAAAAGGCCAUGGCUGCAUGGGGCUUGGAGAAUGUUGAGGAAUACAUUAAGAAAUUUCCCACCUGCGAUCAAUACCAAAAAUGUGCUGCAGCCACCCUACAACAAUCCACAAAUUCUUUUAAUGUCCUGUGUCAUGGCGAUUUUUGGUCCAGCAAUAUUAUGUUCAACUACUUACCAAAUGGUGAAAUCAAUGAAACUCUUCCACUCGAUUUUCAAAUCUGUAAAUGGGGUAGCCCAGCCGAAGAUUUACUCUUUUUUAUUACAAUAUCACCAAGUGCCGAUAUUCGUAUAAAAGAAUUUGAUCACUUUGUGGCAAUAUAUCAUAAACGUUUGGUGGAAUGCUUGAAAGUGCUGGGCUACAAGAAACGCAUACCCACAUUACGUGAUCUACACUGUGAUAUGUUUGAUAAGAAGAAUUCAUUUUAUGCCUUCUUUGCCUGUUUCAAUCAUUUGCCUGGCAUUAUGUUACCCAGUGAUAAGGAUUCAAAUAUCCAUACAUUUUCCCGGGGCGAUGCAAUUGGUGAGGAAUUUCGUCGUCGUGCCUAUGCAAAUCCAUUGCUAGUUUCUGUAUUGAAGGACCUAUUUCCAUUCUAUCAUAACAGAGGCAUAUUUAAUUUUGAAGAUUAUGAUAGGGAAUGA